CCAACAGCCUCCAAGCCCUAAGGAUAUAUAGCCGCCAGUGGGGGACAGCGAUCCCGACCUUGACUUUUUUUUUGGGAGCUAAAUGCUGAUUUAGCCCCUGAAGAUGGAACUGCGAGUAACAAGCAUCCUUCUUCUCCUUGUGGCUCUGGCUGCCGUACAUGGAGAACGAUAUUACAUCAAGAAAACUGUCAAGGUUCCCCAGUACCAGCCUUACUCCGUGAAGGGCCCUGUAAUGCAGGUAGCAGGAGAGCAAGGUCCCCCAGGUGAGCCAGGUGAGCCUGGACCUGAAGGCCCCCCCGGACCCCCAGGAAAAGGAGGUGUUGGAGCCCCUGGCCCAGCGGGACCACCCGGACCACCAGGACCAGCUGGCCUCACUGUAGCUGGCAAGCCAGGUUCUCCAGGCAGCCCAGGGAAGUCAGGUGAAAGAGGCCCAUUUGGCCCAAGGGGCGAGACAGGUGCAACCGGAGCGCAGGGUCCCAGGGGAAUGCCUGGCCCUGCUGGCAGCCCUGGACCUGCAGGCCUUUCUUCUCCUGGUAAACCUGGGGCGCACGGUUCGCCUGGACAAAUGGGGCCAAGAGGUGAAUCAGGCCCGAAGGGACAUCCCGGUAUUCCCGGCCUGCCAGGUGCCAAAGGAGAGAGAGGACAUGGCAUACCUGGUGCACCAGGUGAACCAGGUGCUAUGGGUCCAAUGGGUCCUUCUGGGCCAAGCGGUCAACCAGGUGUUGGUAAACCAGGGAAGGCAGGCAUGCCUGGGGAGCCUGGGAAGUCAGGUACACCUGGUCGAGAUGGGGCUUCUGGACCUAUGGGAUUGCCAGGGGCAAAAGGCCAUACCGGAGCCCCUGGGGUAGGAAUGCCAGGAAAGCCAGGUGAUAACGGUGCUCCAGGUAUGCCUGGCCCUGUAGGACCGAAGGGUCCACAGGGAGCUACAGGAGCACCCGGAGAGCCAGGUAGCCCCGGUUAUGGAAAACCAGGUGCAACCGGAAUGAAAGGAGAGAGGGGAGUAGUUGGUAGCCCAGGUACCACAGGUCAGAAAGGUGAACCAGGCCCCACUGGGUAUACUGGCCCAACAGGUGCCACAGGCCCCAUGGGACCAGCUGGUCCCCAGGGCUCAAGAGGUUUUCAGGGAGCGACAGGUGCAACUGGACUUAAAGGUGAUACUGGUGACAUGGGACCUGCAGGAGUCAAGGGAGCAAAAGGUGAUCAGGGUGCACAAGGUUUUGAGGGCAAGUCAGGAGUCCCAGGAGCAACAGGUCCUGUUGGUCCCAGGGGUCCCGCUGGAGCUCCUGGUAGCAAAGGUGACAUCGGCUACACAGGUGCAACUGGUGCACCAGGGGCACCUGGAGCUGCAGGAUCCAAGGGUCACCCAGGGAGAGCUGGAGAGCCAGGGCCAGCUGGACAAAAUGGAGGACCAGGGUCAAGGGGACCAGCUGGGCCUGUCGGUCCAGCAGGUGUACCAGGUGCCAAAGGUCACCCAGGUCUUCCUGGGGCACCAGGCCCUGCGGGAUUAUCUGCCAAGGGAGUCACUGGUCCUCAGGGUCCCACUGGACCUACUGGGGCCAGAGGAGAUGAUGGUACUCCAGGACCUAUUGGGCCCCCUGGCCCACCUGGUCCUCCUGGCCCUCCCGGGGAGGUAGUUUUUGAGAAAAGCAUGAAGGCAGGAGAGAUCAUGAUGCCCGAGCUUGUCAAGGCCCCCAUGUCUGCGUUUAGUGCAGUGCUGACAAAGGCUUACCCACCAUCUGGAGAGCCCAUUCAAUUUGACCAGGUCAUCUACAACGCAGAGCAGCACUAUGACCCCACUACAGGGAUCUUCACCUGCCAGGCCGCUGGGGUCUACUACUUUUCCUACAGCAUGCAUGUAAAUGGGGCUAAUGCUUUGGUGGCACUGUACAAAAAUGGUGAGCCUAUCAUGUUCACGUAUGAUGAGUACAACAAGGGCUUCCUGGACCAGAUGUCUGGCAGUGCUGUUCUUCAGCUGAAUGAGGAGGACACAGUCUACAUGCAAAUCCCAGAUGAUGAAGCCAAUGGAAUUUUUGCUGCCGACAACGUCCACUGCUCCUUCUCUGGCUUCCUCAUUGCCUCAACGUGAUACAGCACUUAAAAUCAUCACUUUAACAUCUAAAGAUCAGAAGCCAUUUCUCCAAGGAGCAAGCUCCCUGUAAUAGUACCCCCAAAGUUAAACAGGCUAACUUUUGGAGAAAAUUUUAAAAGGAAAAAAAGCAACUGACAACAGUAAAAUGUGUACCGUCUCAGUAGAUUUGUUGGUUACUUGGAAGUAUGUUAAUGAGAACAUAACAGGGGCCUGUAAGAAGGAAAUUAUUUUAUGGAACAAGUUAUCAGAAAAUGAAUUAUAGUGUAAGGAGUAUGAACAGUUAUAGAUUCUUUAUGUGAUUGGAGACAACAAAUAAAAUUCAUGAAGUUCUUGGGCUAAACCUUUUCUGAUAAUAGUUUUGUUUUUACCGUUUUGAGUGGGGGAUUCUUAUUUUUGUGUGUUUGUCUGUCUUUGAAAAUGGUGCUAUUGGUAACAUAAUCAAUAUUCAUACUGAUUAAUCAGUGAAAUAAUGAUUACUUUUUGUACAAUGUGUCUGAUGCCCUUGAAAACAGUAAAAUAGCAAAAACAUGGAAUUAAUUAAUGGGAAUACUGUAAGCAAGACAGUAAAUGGCAUUCAAAUUUAUAACAACUUUGUUAUAUCCCUUAAGAUGCAUUAUGUUAUGUACAACUUAUUGACCAAAAAUAAAGACUUUUGUCUUAGUUCCA